UGCAGCUCAUUAAAAUUCAAUCUUAUUCUAGUUCUGUCAAUUUCUACGAUACAUGUGUUUUGGUGUUAUCCAGUUCUAUCUGCCAAGGUGUCUGGAAAGCCUGAAUACUUUCUCAUCCUGCUGAGCAGCUGUCCAACCAGGAUGGACAGGAGCGAGGGACUAGAUUUUCUAAAGCCAGUUUUGGAGAAGUCGUUUAUGAAAAGGUCCUUUCGCAAUGGAGUUGGAACAGGGAUGAAAAAAACUUCCCUUCAAAGAGCAAAAUCAUGA